AUGAGCAACGGUGAGCCACCCAUUGUGACCACUGAACCACAUAUAGUAAAGGAAGAGGUGAUUGCCUCUGGAAAAUGGGUGAAGCUAGAGAAGACCACUUAUGUUGACCCAGUUGGUAACACAAGAACCUGGGAGACAGUGAAAAGGACGACUCGGCAAGCCACACAAGCUGACGGUGUUGGGAUCAUUGCUCUGCUGAAGAGAACUCUCCACAAAGACUGUGUUGUGAUGGUGAAGCAGUUUCGCCCACCGAUGGACUCCUACUCACUGGAGUUUCCUGCAGGGUUAAUUGAUGAAGGUGAGACUGCUGAGGCAGCUGCUCUCAGGGAACUGAAAGAAGAGACUGGCUACAAAGGAGAAGUGGUUGGAGUCACCCCAGUGACCUGUCUGGACCCUGGACUGUCCAACUGCACCACUCAGAUAGUCAUGGUAAACAUCAAUGGAGACGACCCUGCAAAUAUUCACCCGACUCAGCAGCUCGGUGAUGGAGAAUUUGUUGAAGUCAUACUCUUACCGCUUGAUGAAUUUCAAGACAAAAUAGAAGAAUUGAUGAAGAAGAACAACAUUAUCGUUGAUGCAAAAGUGUACAUCUAUGCUAUGGGAAUGGCCCAAGCUUUCUUUAAACCAAGGGAGCUUCCUGUGCUCAAGCAGUAA